GAAGAAAAUUUUGGCCGUCCCAAGAAAUGCCAGGGGCAAUGCGGGGCUUCCUCAGCGCCACAGCACAGACCACACCUUAAUCCAGCCCUACGACGGCCCAAGCCACAACACCUCCUGAAAAUUCUCUGCUUACGCCAACUGGCAACCAAUUGUUGACUCAAAAAGAGGAAUUCCAAUCAUACCGCCGCAGCAAGAUGGGGAAAUCGUCCAAGGAUAAGCGUGACGCUUACUACAGAUUGGCCAAGGAACAAGGGUGGCGCGCAAGAAGUGCCUUCAAGCUGCUCCAGCUUGAUGAAGAGUUCAAUCUUUUCGAAAAUGUCACCAGAGUAGUUGAUCUCUGCGCGGCUCCUGGGAGUUGGUCUCAAGUUCUGUCAAGAGUCCUCAUCAAAGGGGAGAAGUUCGGUCGAUCUGCCUGGCAGGACAGGGAAGCCAAGUUCCGUCAACAGAUGCUCCAAGUCUUUGCCUCGGGAACGGAGCAGCCCUCUCAAGAACUGGCCCAGGACUCGGUCGCACAACCUGAUGGCCUCCGUCCGAGGAAGGAUGUCAAGAUUGUGGCAAUCGACUUACAGCCGAUAAGUCCGCUUCCAGGGAUCAUCACUCUGCGCGCCGAUAUCACGCAUCCGGCGACUGUACCUCUUCUUCUCAAGGCUCUGGACCCCGACCAUGACCCGAGCACAAGGAGUCAACAAGCUUCCCAUCCGGUCGAUCUUGUGCUCAGCGAUGGCGCCCCUGAUGUCACUGGCCUCCACGAUCUUGACAUCUAUGUGCAAUCGCAGCUGUUGUUCGCCGCCCUGAACCUUGCCUUGUGCGUGUUGAAGCCGGGUGGAAAGUUUGUCGCCAAGAUUUUCAGGGGCCGUAAUGUCGAUGUGCUCUACGCCCAACUAAAGAUCUUCUUUGAACACGUCCAUGUCGCCAAGCCACGAUCCUCGAGGGCGAGCAGCGUAGAGGCUUUUAUUGUGUGCAUCAACUUUCAGCCUCCUCAGGGAUUCAAGGCCAGCUUAGAGGAGCCUCUCGGGGUUGGCAGUCGCCUACCCAGGAUGCUGGAGGAGAGGCAGUCGAGAUUGCCGAUAAUAGCUGACACGCUCAUGCAAAACUACGACACUGGAGCGUGGGACUCGACGCUGGCGGCUGUGGAAACCCCCGGCAAAGAUGGAAUCAUUGACGUCGAGAUUGACGAUCUAACCGUCGACAAGCACAAGGAUAUCCGGUGGAUAGCGCCUUUUAUAGCCUGCGGCGAUCUUUCUGCCUUUGAUUCCGAGGCGUCCUACCGACUUCCAGACGACCAUGUCUCUCUAGACCCAGUCCAGUCUCCAACAGCACCACCUUACAAGCGGGCCAUUGAAAUGAGGAGGGCGAUGGGGGGAGCAUAUGGGAAGACAGUGAUAAGGGGUUGAUGGCCUCACGCAUGCUUUUUCGACCCUCUGACACCCGGUUUCUCCAUGAGAAUGAGGUCGGG